AGUUGAGUGCGUCAUCAGUUUGUCAUCGAACACAGAGCAAAGUAAAGCUUAAACACAACCACAAUUCCUUUUCGAUACGUACAAAAGAAUAUCAGAAUGAACUUUAGCAAAAUCUUUCUCUUGGUUGCCGCUGUUUUGGCUAUCUUUGUUAGUCACAGCCAAGCGGGAUGGUUAAAAAAGAUUGGCAAAAAAAUUGAACGUGUUGGCCAGCACACGCGUGAUGCUACCAUUCAAGCCAUUGGCGUUGCCCAGCAGGCAGCGAAUGUAGCUGCAACGUUGAAGGGGAAAUAAAUCAAUAUUUUUUAUUUUAUAACAAGAACUGUUAGCAUAAGUAGAUGAAUAAGUUAUUUUUAUAAACAAACUCAAUGCAAAAAUUGUAAAUUUUUUGGAUAUUAAAAAAUGAAAAGCCAUCAAGGAAAAUAAAAAUGUAAAAAAGUA